CGCCGCAUUUAACGGGGGAGCGCGGCCGCCGCCGGCCCGUCCCGUCCCAUCCCGUCGCUUCCCGGCCAUGGCGAGCCCCUCGUUGCUCUUACUGGCCCUGGCCUUGGGUCUCGCCGUCGCCGCCAAGUCCCCGUACCAGCAGGUCCUGCAGCACAGCCGGCUCCGCGGCCGGCAGCACGGCCCCAACGUGUGCGCGGUGCAGAAGCUGAUCGGCACCAACAGGAAAUACUUCACCAACUGCAAGCAGUGGUACCAGAGGAAGAUCUGUGGGAAGGCAACAGUAAUCAGUUACGAGUGCUGUCCUGGAUAUGAAAAAGUUCCUGGAGAAAAAGGCUGCCCAGCUGCGCUGCCGCUUUCCAACAUCUACGAAACCCUGGGAGUUGUUGGGUCUGCCACCACACAGCUCUACUCUGACCGGUCUAACCUAAGGCCAGAAAUCGAAGGACCUGGAAGUUUUACAAUUUUUGCCCCGAGUAAUGAGGCCUGGGCAUCUUUGUCUGCUGAAACUCUGGAUUCCUUAGUCAGUAAUGUUAACAUUGAGCUACUCAAUGCCCUUCGCUACCACAUGGUGGACAAACGGGUCCUCACGGAUGAUCUGAAACACGGGACAACACUGAACUCAAUGUAUCAGGACCUGCCUAUCCAGAUCCACCACUAUCCCAACGGGAUUGUGACUGUGAACUGUGCCAGGCUGCUGAAAGCUGACCACCACGCCACCAACGGAGUGGUUCACGUCAUCGACAAAGUCAUCGCCACCACGACCAACAGCAUCCAGCAGAUCAUCGAAACUGAGGACAGCCUGGAAACUCUUCGGGCUGCUGUGGCUGCUUCUGACCUCAACAGCUUGCUGGAAAGCGAAGGCCAGUACACGCUCUUGGCUCCAACCAAUGAAGCCUUUGAGAAGAUCCCACGAGAAACACUGAACAGGAUCUUGGGGGACCCAGAAGCCCUGAGGGACCUGCUGAACCAUCACAUCUUGAAGUCAGCCAUGUGUGCUGAGGCCAUCAUCGCUGGCCUGACGAUGGAGACUCUGGAAGGAACCACCUUGGAUGUGGGCUGCAGUGGGGAAGAGCUGACCCUCAAUGGGAAGGCCAUCAUUGCCAACAAGGAUGUCCUGGCUACCAACGGCGUCGUACAUUUUGUUAAUGAGCUGCUGAUCCCAGACUCAGCUAAGACCCUGUUUGAGUUGGCACAAGAAUCUGAAGUUUCCAAGUCUAUGGACCUUUUCAGACAAGCUGGUCUCAGUUCCCAUCUAACUGGCAGUGAGCAAGUGACCCUCCUUGCCCCAGUGAAUGAUGCGUUCAAAGAUGGACUCCCCACCGUUGACAGCAACAUGAAAAACUUGCUUCUGAACCACAUUGUUAAAGACCAGCUCUCCUCUAAAUAUCUUUACCAUGGGCAGAAACUACAGACUCUUGGUGACAGGGAGCUGAGAGUUUUUGUGUACCGCAACAACCUUUGCAUUGAAAAUGCCUGCAUUGCUGCCCAUGACAAGAGAGGAAGGUUUGGGACCCUGUUUAGUGUGGACAAAAUGCUGACUCCACCGUCGGGCUCAGUGAUGGAUGUUCUCAAGGCAGACCAUCGCUUCAGUACGUUGGUGGCUGCAAUCCAGUCUGCAGGUCUAACGGAGAACUUGAACAGGCCGGGUACCUUCACCGUGUUCGCUCCAACAAACGAAGCUUUCCGAGCCAUGCCCCAAGGGGAACUGAACAAACUAAUGGGUAAUGCCAAGGAGCUUGCCAACAUCCUCAAGUUCCACAUCGCUGAUGAGAUCCUGGUGAGCGGCGCGGUCAAUGCCCUUGUGAGGCUGAAGUCCAUGCAGGGAGAUAAACUGGAGAUCAGCAUGAAAAACCACGUAAUACAUAUCAACAAGGAGCCAGUUGCUGAAAGUGAUAUCAUGGCCACGAAUGGUGUCAUUUAUGCUGUGAACUCUGUGUUACAGCCUCAGGCUUUGAGGCCACAAGAGAGAGGUGACGAGCCUGCGGAUCCCGCGUUAGAAAUCUUCAAACAGGCGUCUGCGUUAUCCAAGGUUUCUCAGAGGAAUCCUCGACUAGCACCCGUCUACUCCCGAUUACUGGCGAGGAUGAAGGAGAACUCGGGUGGAUUCUGAGCCGCAGCGCGAGGAACCGCAGUCAGCACCUCCAUCCCGUCCGCUCCGUCUGACGGCUGAAGAGAAGGACAGAAUCGUUUCUAAAAACCAAAUACCACCCUUAAAUUUAUUUUUGUUUCCAAUGAAAUGGAUAGGAAAAAUGGAAAGCCAUAUAUAUAUGUAUAUAUUUUAAAACCGUUUUUAUUUGGUUUUGACCUUAAAGUUCCCACACUGAGGAUAAGUUUGGGGUUGGGUUGGUUGUUUUUUUUUUUGAUUUUUUACAAAGUAGUCACUAAUUUGCAAUUUUUAACACACCCAGUUUUGGGCUCGAUAUGUUCAUAUAAGGGCAGGUGCUAAAAUUGUGCUCGGGUUCAGGAGCUCAGAGAGAAGCUUAGUGCUCAUCUUGGUGCUGUCUCACUGAGGGGGGGUCCGAAAGGGGCUGAACUAAAGCCCCCUUUCCAGAAUCCUCGUGGUACCUACUGGCACUGCAAACUCCAGGCUCCCAAAGCAGGAAGCCAGGUAUGAUCUCACUGAAAUCCCCCACCAAACUGGAGCCAGAACUGGGAAAUUUUGGCCAGAAUGACUUGGCAGGUAUUGUGUAUGUUCAGCUUUCUGAGCAAAUACAUCACCAGGGGCCAACUGUAUGGCUGGGCGAUCAGUGAUUGCUUUGGAGGAAGUAAAUUUGUUGAAUUAAUUAACCAUUACGCAAGCAAAUUUUUUUCUGGGUUUUUUUUUUUUUUUAAACAAGCAUGUGUUUCCUUCUUCCCCUAUGUUUUUAAAGUCUUCCAUGAAAUUCUGAAUUGAAGGCUUUUAACAAAAGCCUCUCUAUUGACAUUGCGGAAACUGCAUAAUUAUAAGCUAUGGUUCGAGCUGUUCUCUUUUUUUUUUUUUUUUUUAAUCGG